GGGUUUCUGAUAAAGUUGCGUUUACUGAAGGGUGAACUCUGACAGAGUGUACAGUACUUACACACUCCCGAGAAUCGUUUUUAGCAUAACACUGAACAUGAAUUUUGCAGUAGAACCGCGUGAAUCGUGUAAGUGAUCCUGUAUUAGCACUAGAACUGGCGGAAGUGGGCGUGCUUUUGAUCAGCUGUUCCGGUAAAUGUUUCAACGAUGGCGGCGCCCAUGUAGGAGCAUGGUUUUAUACUCAGUUAAAGUAUAAAUAAGCUUAAGCUUUGUGUUUACAACGGUAUUUUAUUGAAUGUUGACAGUAGUCGUUUACUUAACAUAGCACGUGGUUUAAAAGCCUCUCUACUAAGCGCUGUUUGGAUUGGAAAGAUUAUCUUUGAAUUUGUUUUACUUUGCACUUGCCUGGACGUAAAAUGAAGAGGAAGCCUCAAGGCAAGCGCAGAGUAAAAAGAGAUUUCAGCAAACUUCAAAAGUGUAAGUUAUCCGUUGAGCAGUUUUUACGAAAGGAAGACAAAUCCACAGAGACCGGGGGAGAUGAGGAUGGUUGCCAUGGGAGCAUGCUGUUCAGUGUUAAGAGGAAACGUAGAAAGGAAUUAAGGAAAGAAAAAAGAAAAAACAAAAAGGCUAAAAUGAAAGAUUAUUAUGAGGGGAAGCUUUUCAAAGCAAGCCCCGGCGUUACUGUCUCAAUGGUACAAAAUAAGGUAAAGCCAACGAAACCAAAUGCCAUUGAAGAAAGGGAAAAGACUGCAAAACAAGCAGCCGAAUCUUCUGAGCAACAAGAAAACACUGCUGAUCCAAAACAGAAAGAAAAAGCACACCAUGCAAAGGAGGGGAAAAGGCAAACAUUAAAUUCACAGCAAGGGUCAAAGAGAAUAUUGACCAGCAGUACCGCCGGCGAUUCGCGGAAGAAGUCAGUGAAAAUAACUAGCAGCAGUACUGCGCAGCAAGCAGCGUUCAAGAAAAUAACCAAGCAACAAGAAGUGAGGAAAAGGGCGCUGCGGGAAGCUAAUGUUGAAGAAGAGAAAGAAAUCAAAAGACUGGAAAAGUACCUGGGGAUGAACAAACGUAAGAAUAAAACCACCUUGCCCCAAUCUUUCACUGCGGAUGGACUGGAUUAUAUUUUGGGCAUUCUUGAACCCGGAGCCUCCGCGUCGGGGCUGUACGAGAGCGACGAGGACAUGGACUUGACUAAGGAGAGACUGGAACAGCUCGGUGGGAGUGAAUCUGAGCUGUCUGAAGAUUCUCAACAGGAGGGAUCGUCAGACGAGGAUGAGCAGGACAGCGGUGAAUAUGUUGAAGAGAUGGAGGUCAUUGAAGAGGAGGAGUGUGAUGAAGUACUGGACCAGGAGAGUGGAAAUGAGGAGGAUACAGUUAUUGAGGGAGGAGAGGCAGAGAAUACAGCAGAGGAGCAUGGAGGCAAUACAAACGAAAAGGGCUCGGAAGAAGGCAGCACUAAAUACAUCCCACCUCACCAGAGGGAGUCUGCAGAGACUGACGAUGCCAAGAGGAGACAGGAGCUGGAGAGACUGGAAAGGAAUGUGAAAGGACUCCUAAACAGGCUAACAGAGCACAACAUGGCAUCUAUAAGCAGCCAAUUGGAGGAGCUGUACAUGAGCCACAGUCGAAAGGACAUGAAUGACACUGUGACAGACAUCCUGCUGGCGGCCUGUGUCACUCCUGCCCUAAUGCCAGACCGCUUGCUGCUGGAGCACGUCCUGUUGGUCAGCAUUCUCCAUCACACAGUGGGAUUGGAGGUUGGUGCCCACUUUCUGGAAAAAGUGGUUCGUAAGUUUGAAGAACAUUACCAGGUUGGCAGUGAAGGUAAAGAGUGUGACAACCUCAUUGCCAUAAUCGCACACCUGUACAACUUCCACGUGGUGCACUCUCUGCUCGUCUUUGAUAUUCUGAAGAAGCUCACAAAGGCUUUUACAGAGAAGGACAUCGAGCUGAUCCUGUUUUUACUGAAAAACGUUGGAUUUUUAUUAAGAAAAGAUGAUGCGGUGUCACUGAAGGAGCUGAUCUCUGAAGCACAGAGUAAGGCCAACGCUAUGGGAACAAAGCUCCAAGAUCAGACCAGGAUGCGGUUCAUGUUGGAGACCAUGCUUGCACUCAAGAACAACGACAUGAGAAAAAUCCCAGGCUACGAUCCGGAGCCAGUGGAUAGACUGAGGAAGCUACAGCGGGCACUGAUCCAUAGCAGUGCCAGUGGCAGCGAUGUCUGUCUGCGGGUCUCUCUGGAGAACCUGCUAGCUGCAGACCAGGUGGGGCGCUGGUGGAUUGUCGGGUCCUCAUGGAGCGGAGCGCCAAUGAUUGGCAGCAGCACACAACUGAAUCAGCCUGCAGGCCAGGUAAGCUCUAAGAUUUUGGAGCUUGCUCGUAAACAGAGAAUGAAUACUGAUAUAAGAAGAAACGUUUUCUGUGUCCUGAUGACCAGCGAGGAUUUCCUUGAUGCCUUUGAGAAACUGAUCAGGCUUGGUCUGAAGGAUCAACAAGAGAGAGAUAUUGUGCAUGUUCUCAUGGACUGCUGUCUGCAAGAGAAGGGCUUUAACCCUUUCUAUGCUGUCUUGGGCGAGAGGUUUUGUGAAUAUGACAGGCGAUUUCAGAUGACUUUUCAGUUCAGCAUGUGGGACAAAUUCCGUGAUCUGGCAAACCUGUCCAGCACCUCCUUCAGCAACCUGGUUCAUCUCCUAGUGCAUCUGCUCAAGAAGAAGUCUCUUUCACUCUCAGUCUUGAAGGUUAUCGAGUUCAGUGAACUGGAUAAGCCUAAAGUCCGGUUCCUGCGCCAACUGCUGAGUAAACUUCUGUGUGAAACGGAACCAGAGGAGCUGAAAGACAUUUUUGGGAGGAUUUCAGGAAUUCCAAAGCUCGGAAUGCUGCGGGAAGGCUUGAAGCUUUUCAUCACUCACUUUUUACUGAAGAAUGCUUUGAGCCUGGGAACAGCUGAGCAAGCAAGCCUGCUGAAAGAAAGGGCUGGCGUGGCAGAGCAGGGCAUGCAAGUGAAGGAUGCAAAGCUGAAACUGUAAGGAGGAGGAAUCUUAAACACACCAAGAAUGUGUGGACAGCAUUUGGGAAAAUACUAAGCAACAACCUUGUUUUCAUUGGUAAAAUAAGGCAGUACCUGUUUUAUUUGUUUGGUUUAAUUGAUUUUAAAAUGUGGUUAGGCCUGUACAGGAAUGUGUACCCCCCCCCCAACAGGAAUAUGCUUUAGGUGUCCAUACCGCACACACAAUAGCACAACAUCGUACACAAAUUUAGGAACCGCAUUGUGGAAGAGCUCAGGCUUGUGGCUGGGCUAAUGAAGAAGUGCUUGUCUGAAUCUGAUGAAACUUUACAAGUUAUUUAAAUUAAAAACAGUCUAAUACAAAAUGUAAAAAAACAGAAAUUAAGAGACAAAAAAAGUGGUUGUAAUUGUAAAUUUAGAAAAACUAAGAUAAAAAGCUAGUUUGUUAAAAUGGAACAAUUAAAAGAGUAAAACCAUAUUUUCUAAAAUUGGAAUAACAAGAGAACUUGUUUUGUUCACCAAUUGAAAGAGAUAUCCGUCACUGCAGGUGUGAGUUGGUACUGUGAUGAGUCACUACUUUAUUCUGUACCACAGCGUCACUGAAUUACAUUUCCCUGAAAAGUAUCAUAGGGCCCUGCACCAGCCAAUGAUGAAGCUGGAGUCCUGUAGCAUGUUUCACCAAGUGCUCAGUAACACAUCAGGCAGAGGAAACCUGAAGACAUUGUUGCAUUCAGCAGACCUUGGGAUUGAGUCCUUAAUCCUGUACUAACAUGGAUUUCAGCUGGGGCAGCGCUUUCUGGAGAUUGUCUUCAGUAAAUUCCAAGGUUUGUAUUCACUAUACAAAGUCAAGGAAACAAGCAGCUAUUAACAGACUCCUUUGACCUGUGGAUUAAGAGCUUCUCUCCCUGCUGACUGGGGAGCAAUAAAAGGUGUGUUUUUUUUUUUUUUUUAAUUUAUGUGUGCCUUGCUUCAUUAUCAGAAGAUCCCGUUGUUGAUAAAUUCUGCUGUUUCUGGUGCCCUCGGUAGGAAAAAAAGCUUGUCUUCAAAAACAUUGAACAAAUGGAUUACAGUGAUUCACAAAGCCUGUAGGGGGCAGGGCACUGCCACAUUCAGUAUGUUCAUUCUUCUCUUAAACUUGGCCCUAAUGUCCCUGUCAAAAUUAGGUGUACAGUGUAAAAUGUAUUAAACAGGAUCACUAACCAGUAGAUUUGCUCACGUUCAUUUUCAGCCUUUUCCUUUCACUUUUAGAAAUGUAAAAUGGGUGUGCCACCAAUGAGCAAUACGGUUAAAAUAAUGGUUAAAAAAAUAUGAUAAUCCGGAGCGUUUCACUUAGCAUUGCCUUCAUCAGCGUACAUCUUUUAUUUUAGCUUUAGCCGUAUAAAUGUAUGGCUGGAAUAUUUGGAAACUCUUAUCCUUGCUAACAUGCCUGAGAGCUCAUCUUCAGAAGCUAGAAGUAAUACCCUUAUACAAAAAGGACAACAACUUUUGAGGGGAUUUCUUGUUCCCACAGACUAAUUAAAUAAAAUGUGCAAUAACUUAUAGUCACAAUAAUACCCUCUUCGUCAUUGCUAGAAAUCACAGAGGACUUUGGCCCAUACUACUAAAAGCAGUUCUCUCUGUGUUGGGUAUUGCAUAAAUAGAAUAUAUUUUAUAAGGGAUGGACAAACACAUUUAAAAAAUAAACAGGAUUAGCUAGGACUGCUAUUGUUAGGCAGGUCAGCAGCACUGGUUCAAGCUGAUGGUCUGCUUGUGAUAGAAAUACUUCCAGAGGGAUAUGUACAGUAACCAUUAUUAACCAUUGAAUAAAACACACUGAGAUGUAA